GACAACCUGCUCCACCCUCAUCUCUACCCUGAAACUGUCCUCAAGGAUCUCUCAUAUUUUCGAAACUGCUGUGAGCUCAGGUCCUAGUGUGAUGUGACAGGGUUAUGCUGCUGAUAUAUCAUCUCCCAAACAGCCUGGAGUGUGUCUCUGUACUUCUAGGACAGCAAUCAUAAACUCAACACCUAUUCUGUUAGGAUCUUCCUCAAGAAGAUGCCCUCGGUCCGGGAAAGCCUGAAGGAGCGAGGCGUGGACAUGGCCCGGCUGGGUGCUGAGUGGAGCCAGCUCAGCAAGACUCUCUCCUUUGGCAACCGCACCUCCCCUGUGGUCCUCACCAACUACCUGGACACCCAGUACUACGGUGAGAUCGGCAUCGGCACCCCGCCGCAGACCUUCAGAGUCAUCUUUGACACGGGCUCCGCCAACCUCUGGGUGCCUUCCACCAAGUGCAGCCCCCUCUACACGGCCUGUGAGAUCCACAGCCUCUACGACUCCCUGGAGUCCUCCAGCUAUGUGGAGAAUGGGACGGAGUUCACCAUCCACUACGGAUCCGGGAAGGUCAAAGGUUUCCUGAGCCAGGACCUGGUGACCGUGGGUGGGAUCACAGUCACACAGACCUUUGGCGAGGUCACAGAGCUGCCCCUGAUGCCCUUCAUGCUGGCCAAAUUUGACGGCGUCCUGGGCAUGGGCUUCCCCGCCCAGGCCGUCGGCGGCGUCACCCCUGUCUUUGACCACAUCCUCGCCCAGCGGGUGCUGACGGAGGACGUCUUCUCUGUCUACUACAGCAGAGAUUCCAAGAAUUCCCACUUGCUAGGGGGCGAGAUCGUGCUGGGAGGCAGUGACCCCCAGUAUUACCAAGAGAAUUUCCACUACGUGAGCAUCAGCAAGCCUGGCUCCUGGCAGAUCAGAAUGAAAGGGGUGUCUGUGCGGUUGAGCACCUUGCUCUGUGAGGAGGGCUGCAUGGUCGUAGUGGAUACUGGUGCAUCUUACAUCUCGGGUCCCACCAGCUCCCUGAGACUGCUCAUGGAGGCCUUGGGGGCCAAGGAGAUGAGCACAGAUGAAUAUGUCGUGAACUGUAACCAGAUGCCCACACUCCCCGACAUCUCCUUCCACCUCGGAGGCAAAGCCUACACACUCACCAGCGCGGACUACGUGUUACAGGACCCCUACAAUAAUGAUGAUCUGUGCACACUGGCCCUGCACGGUAUGGACAUCCCACCACCCACUGGACCAGUCUGGGUCCUGGGUGCCACCUUCAUCCGCAAGUUCUACACGGAGUUUGAUCGGCGUAACAAUCGCAUCGGCUUUGCCCUGGCCCGCUGAGGCCCUCUGGUGCCCUGGCCUGGCCUGGCCCAGAACUAGAGCACUCUCUGGGACCACCCCCCAAUCCCCGCCUGCACCCUCACUCAGGGGGGUGGAGCUCCUCCUGGAGGUGUGCCCUGUCCCCAGCACUGGCUUUUCCCUUCUUUGAGGACCACAGAAUAAAGACUUCAUGUUCCCAACCCCACUGCACCUGGGUUCUCAAGGAUUUGAAACAGGGAAGUACAGUGUGUGAUGUUGUGCAGACAGGAACGUGACAGAAAGACAAACUAUACAAUCGCUCACAGGCACAGGUUCCUGCAUGCAGGGCUGAUGCCACCCGUCCAACGUCAGCAGGGUUCAGAUGGAACUGUUUACACUACCCUGGGAGGGAAGUCUGCAGAGAGCCAGCCCCUGGAGAACCAAAGCUAACGCCGUGGCAGUGGACUGUAGACAGAAAGAUGCUCCAAGCUCAUGGAGGUCAGCUGCUAGCUCAGGCUCCCUGCUUUCCCAUGUAGCCCUUUAACAUGCCAUCUAAGGCACUAACACCUAAAUGCAUAGAACCCCAGAGGUCUGUCUGAUAUUCCCUUUGUACAUGAGGAGAA